AUGCCUGUCUUUCAAGAAACCUCCCACGCGGCGCGAGACCAGAGAAUCCUCCCUUCGCGGGCUCUACCUGUACCUCGACUUUCUCAACAGCCAGAUUUGUCUAAUGUAUCUGAAGAACACAAAGAAGUCGUCGUCAUUGGUGCUGGGCCAGCAGGUCUGUUUCUCACCUUGCUGCUCGCAAGAUAUGGUAUCACAGAGGCCUCGCUUCUCUGUCUGGACUCCAAGCCGGGUACACUGAAAGCCGGCCAGGCAGAUGGACUACAACCAAGAACUCUUGAAGUAUUCCAGAGUUUGGGAAUAGCAAGUGAGAUCAUCAGCGAGGGCUGUCACAUGGAGGAGGUGGCGUUCUGGAACCCUGCGCAAUCACACGCAAACACCAACGGUAACGGCAACGGCAAUGGGUCUCAUGCCGCCGGAAUUGAGCGGACCAGUUUCGCGCCUGAUGUCAAUGUCCCUGCCCGUUUCCCGUUCGAAGUCACCAUCCAUCAAGGCCGCAUUGAGCGAAUCCUAGAAGAGAACCUUCAUCUCUACGCAGGCAAGGGUGCCAUCCGGAGAUCCCAUCGUUUCCUGGAGUACACAGUCGACGACACUAAUGCCGAGUUUCCUAUCGUGGUCAAAUACGAACAAGAUCUUCCAGACGGAUCAACUCAGCAAGGCACAGUUCGGACAAAGUAUCUCAUCGGCGCAGAUGGUGCACGUUCCAAGGUUCGAAAAUGCAUGGGUCUAGAACUCGAAGGCGAAACAACAGAUCACAUCUGGGGUGUAUGCGAUUUCGUCGCCGACACAAACUUCCCCGACAUUCGCAAGCGAUCUGCAGUUCACUCGGAUGCUGGUUCCGUCAUGGUCAUUCCCAGAGAACAGAUUGCAACGGGCGAGUUUCUCACCCGUCUUUACGUUCAAGUCGCUGAAGAGGUCGACACGAGCGGUGAUACUGGAACGGACAAGAAAUCUGCCGAUAAGAAGCGACGUGGUGCCGUUACGUUGAAGUAUAUCUUUGAGCAAGCGCGACAGGUGUUUGCGCCGUACAAGAUCAAGAUCAAGGAGGGGACUGAGCCAGAUUGGUGGGCAGCUUAUCAGAUCGGACAGCGCAUGGCUCCCAGGUUCUCUACAAAGACGUCUGAUGGAGUGGAAAGGGUGUUUAUUGUUGGUGAUGCAUGCCAUACUCACAGCCCAAAGGCCGGACAGGGCAUGAACGUGUCAAUGAUGGACUCUUACAACCUGGCUUGGAAACUCGUCCACAGGAUCCACGGCCUCACUCCAUCAAGCACUUCCGGAACAGACCCUAUCCUCGAAACAUUUUCGCAAGAGCGUGUAGAUGUGGCUCGCCAACUUAUCGAAUUCGACGCCCAGUUCUCGCACAUGUUCUCCGGCCGCAUCGGAUCAGCAGAUGCUGAAACUUCAGGCCUUACCCAUGAAGAGUUCCUCCGGGUCUUCAGUGACGGCAGCGGGUUUACUAGUGGUUGCGGACUCCAGUACAAGGAGAGCCAACUGAUAAGAGAACUGGGUGCAAAAAGUAACUUAUUGCGAGGAGAUCCGCUCUUGGGGGCGUUGACGCCGGGACGUCGACUGCUUGAUGUUGAGGUGAAGCGCUAUGCUGAUGCCACUGCUCGUCAUUUACAAGACGAAAUGCCACCAACUGGCCGCUAUUACGUCCUCGUCUUCACAAGCAACGACUUACUCGACAAAUCCAGCAUUUCGCAGUCAAGCUUACAGUCAUCCGUUGAGAUUCUACAAAAGUUCCCGAAAGGCACUGUAAAUCUUAUCGUGGUGCAUCCGCUCACGUCAAGAUUCGAGUGGACUGAUCUGCCAGCGGGAGUAAAGACACUUGCAGAGAUGCGAACUUAUGGAGUGUCAAAGAAGGAGGACGUUUACGAAGUAUUGGGUGUGUCAAAGGAUGAUGGUGUUGUUGCAGUGGUGAGACCGGAUGGAUAUGUUGGAAUAUCAAGCAAGAAUUCCAAAUGA